AACGAAGGCGUCGCGGCCAUCCCUUCCAUUCCAGAACCGUCUGGAAUGUUCGGCGCCGACGCCGGGUGCCCGACGUACCGUGGGGGCCUCGCGCCGGGCCGUAUAAAGUCGUCGUCGUGGCGGCCCGCGUGUACUUGCCUACUGGUAAAGGUCCCGACGACGCGGUAUCGCCGUAUACCCGCCUCAAGUACAAAGGGAAAGCUGCGACUCGCUCGGAAGUGGGAACCUUCAGUUGAGGUUCUCUAAUCGGGCCCGCUAAAGUCGAGAGACAGGUUUUCGCGAACAUUUGCAUCUAGCCAUCUCUACUCAACUGAAUUCUUGUGCUCUUGUGGCAUUCACAAAGUCCAUUUUCAGACUGAGCUAGUUCAGCUGUCAUUUUUUUUUCAGCCAAAGGUCGCGUUCUUUUGGACCUGCUCUUGAUUCGUUCGUUCGUUCGUUUGGAUUGAUUGAUUGAUUGAUUCCUUUCGACUUCCCUUCACCACCCCCCUGCUCCGUCAAGCGUGCCUCUGUUCUUCUGCCAUUGCUGGAUCGCGUUUGUCUGUUUGUUGGGUUGCUGGCGCUGCGGCCAUGGAUCCCUUCCACGGCAUUGUGAAGGAGGAGUUCGACUUGGACUUCGACUUCACCUGCGCGUCUGCGGCGGCGGCGGCGGCGGCCUCGUGGGCCGUCGCCUUGCCGGAGAUGCCCCGGCCGAUGGAAGGACUCGGCGAGGUGGGACCCACUCCGUUCCUGACCAAGACAUACGACGUCGUGGACGACCCCAACACCGACACCAUCGUCUCUUGGGGGUUCGCCGGAACCAGCUUCGUCGUCUGGGACGCCAACGCCUUCGCCUUGGUGAUCCUCCCACGCUACUUCAAGCACAGCAACUUCUCCAGCUUCGUCCGCCAGCUCAACACCUACGGGUUCAGGAAGGUUGACCCGGACAGGUGGGAGUUCGCGAACGAGGGGUUCCAGCGUGGCCAGAGGGAGCUCCUCAGGACGAUCAAGCGCCGGCGCCCGCCGUCGAGCCCGUCGGCGCAGCAGGGGCAGGCGCCGUCGGCCUGCCUGGAGGUGGGGCAGUUCGGGCUCGACGGCGAGGUGCACCGGCUGCAGCGCGACAGGGGGAUCCUGCUCGCGGAGGUGGUGAAGCUGCGGCAGGAGCAGCAGGCGACGCGCGCGCAGAUGCAGGCCAUGGAGAAGCGCAUCACCACGGCGGAGCAGAAGCAGCAGCAGAUGACGGUGUUCCUCGCGCGUGCCAUGAAGAACCCGAGCUUCAUCCGGAUGCUGGUCGACCGGGAGGGCCUUGGCGGCUGCCGCAGGGAGCUCGAGGACGCGCUCUCCAGAAAGCGCCGCCGCCCCAUCGAGUACCUCCCGCGCGACGGCGAGAGAAGCGGCACUGCCACGGAGUCGGCGGUGAGCGACUACAUUUCCGGACUUCCGGUCGGCGUCAACGGCGUGGCGGAGGCGGACGACGACGAGAGACGGUGGGAGAGAAGGGGCGGCGGCGGCGGCGGCGAGGACACGGAGAGCUUCUGGGCGAAGUUGCUCAACCUCGGCCUGGAGGAGAAGCACAGGGAGGGCAGAUGCGAUGGCGAGGAGGGGAACGGAGCUGACGUGGACAACGACGUGGACGACGACGUGGAUGUGCUGGUGCAGAGCAUCUACCACUUGAACCCGAACCCGGGUAGCCCCGGUGGCAAGUGAAAGUUCCAGAACGUUCCACAUUCCAGAACCCACUAUGGUCUAUGGAAGUGGAAGCUCCCAGUGGGCAUCGCAAUUAGUCGUAGGCGAUAGUUUUUUAUCCGGCGCCUGACUUCUUGUCGCGGGGCUAUGCAAGUUGCAAAAGUGCUUGCGUUUGGCCGGUUGCCAAGGAAUGUUCGGGAUGCUCGUCGAACUACGAAGCUUCUAGAAGAUGGAGCAGCGAGGCUGCAGCCUACUCGUAUAUUACUAUCAGGGAGCAGGCGAGCAGCAAGGCUGCAGCCUACUCGUAUAUUUACUAUCAAUGGCGCGGGCUUCUUCGCUGCGGUUUAGUCCGACUACGGGGUUUACAGCUACGGCUACAAUCAGGAUGAAACAAAGGCACUUCUCAAAUGUGUACCUGACGUGUCAUUCUUAUUCUUCUGGGCGGAGCAGGUAGACAAAAAAACAGUUGUAGCUUUGUCUUUUCCUGAAAACCAACUUUUUUGGUAAAGCUAAAAUCA